GUUUAUUCGCACUUGACGUUGGUGAUUUGCUGGAAGGAAGAAGUCUCAUCGGAGGCAAAUAUGACCAAUCGAGUUUUUAGACCUCUCCAGUACGAUCCAGCCUUGGAGGACAGAACGUCUGAGAUCUGUGUAAUGAACGUGGCAUGAAGAUAAAAGAUGGACAUAUUUGGGGGAUUACUAAUCAUUUUUCCAGCCAGUUUUAUUGCCAUCAUAUCAGAUGGGUGCCUUCAUGUGCAGGUGACCUAGAGGUGAAAGAGAAAUUCUGGCAGGAGCUGGACGAAGUAGUUCUGAAAAUCCCAGACAGAGAGAGAGUCGUGAUUGGUGCAGAUUUUAAUGAGCAUGUCGAUGAAGAAGUGAUGGCCCAGCAAAAUCCACCCAAAAUUCAUGAAGGCUGGUGGGCAUACAAGGAGGUGGUACAGGGAAGCUUUGUACCAGUGCCAUCUUUCUGGGGACUGGUAAACUCAGCUUGGAACUUGUGCUCAGUGGGGAAGAGGCAAUCACCAGUCAACAUUGAGACCAGCCACAUGAUCUUUGACCCUUAUCUUACAUCCAUGAAACUGAACACUGGUGGACAAAAGGUGAGGGGGACAAUGUAUAACACAGGUCGCCAUGUUUCUGUGCGAUUGGACAAGGAGCAUCUGGUUAAUAUCUCUGGUGGGCCUAUGAUGUACAGCCAUCGUCUGGAGGAGAUUCGGCUACACUUUGGUAGCGAAGACAAUCAGGGCUCUGAACAUCUGCUGAAUGGACAGGCUUUCUCUGGAGAGGUUCAGCUGAUUCACUACAAUCACGAGUUGUAUACGAAUUAUACUGAAGCUGCCAAAAGCCCUAAUGGACUAGUCAUCGUGUCCAUAUUCAUGAAAAUACCAACACUUUCUUCAAGUGAAAAUCCAGUUGCAUGGAAGGUGGGAUUCCUAAAGGCAGAUGUACAUCCGGCUCUGAAGUUUCUGAGUCAGAGGCCGCACAAAGAGGUGGCUGAAACAUCUAACAGUUUCCUGAAUCGAUUGCUAAACAGAGACAGCAUCACAAGAGUAACAUAUAAAAAUGAUGCUUAUCUUCUGACAGGACUAAACAUAGAGGAGAUCUAUCCAGACACAAGUAGUUUUAUCACUUAUGAUGGCUCAAUGACCAUCCCUCCAUGUUUUGAGACUGCCACGUGGAUCCUGAUGAACAAGCCAGUUUACGUCACACGCAUGCAGAUGCACUCUUUGCGUCUACUGAGCCAAAACCAGCCAUCUCAGAUCUUCCUGAGCAUGAGUGAUAAUGUACGUCCGAUUCAGCCACUGAUCAACCGCUGCAUCCGGACCAAUAUCAAUUUCAGCAUGCAGGGCAAAGAUUGCCCAAACAACAGAGUUCAUAAGCUUCAGUACAGAGUGAGAGAGAGAGAGAGAGAGGAGCUGGAGGAAGUGGCUGGGGAGAAGGAAGUCUGGAAGUGGCUGGGGAGAAGGAAGUCUGGAUUUCCCUGUUGAGGCUACUGCCCCUUCGACCUGACCUCGGAUAAGCGCAGGAAAAUCGAUGGAUUUUACAGUGGCUGAAAUAAGUAUUUAACACGUCACCAUUUUUCUCACUAAAUAUAUUUCCAAAGGUGCUAUUGACAUGAAAAUUUCACCAGAUGUUGGGAACAACCUAAGAAAUUCAUACAUAUGAAGAAAGUAGAACAUAUAAGAUAAGAAAUUAAGUUAUGUGUAAUAAUGUGGAAUGACAGGAAAAAAAUAUUGAACACACCAACUGGUAUUUAUUCAAGAAAAUAAAAACUCAUUUAAUACCAAAAACGUAGUUAUACAUCUUUUGAAACCCGAACGCCCGAUCCCAACAACGUAUUUAUAAAUUUUUUACAUUUAUUUGCGUGAGAGGCAAACUCUUCACCAAAGGAUUAGGCUUGAAAGCAAUUUUAAUGGCCAUAAAAGCGGCCACUGGGUGGCAGGAAUGCAUUUGAUAAGAGAUCAGCAGGGAUCAUGAGAGGAAGGAUAGACAGACUUUGGCCGAAGGAGGAAGUGGAAGAGCAUGGCUUGGAGAAGGCUGUAAAAACGUGGAGAGACCAAUCGAAAAAUGGAAAACCGAAGACCACUUACACUCGAGGAGUGUUUUUGAAAAAACUUCGUCAUCCUUGACGUUUAAACAUGAAACAAAUGUAAACAAACAAACAAACAUAUGAUGCUUUGGGCCACCACCGUGUUCCGUCGUGUCGUCAUGUCUUCCACGAAGCUCACCGGGCGUUUCGCUCGAGCCUGCCAAUGAUGAUUUCGACGACGAUAAUGACAAAAGUGAGAUGGACCUUGAUCCGCAUUCAUCCGAUGACUGGGUACCGUCAGAUUGACCGGGAGCAGCAGAGAGCAGUCAGUCUCCAGACCCUCCAGAAGGAGGAGGUAGGUGCUACUUCAUAGCUUGAACAAUCGCUGACCAAUCAUAUACAAUAAAGUUGAAAAUGUGAUGUGUGUGUGACGAGGAACGUCCACACUGUAACAACUAUAGCAAAAUAUUUUGUGGUAAUUGCGCACAUUUCUUUAAAUUACAGAUUGUGUAUCCACUAGCAGAAGUAUUUCUACUUAUGUUGGCAGCGCAAAGAAAGAUUGUGCAUCUACCAGCAGAGGAGCUCCCACAUGCGUUGGCAGUACAAAAAAAGGUCAUGCAUUGAGAAGUGGGGAUCACCAGGUUGGCAUCUUGAUAAUUGGCAAACCAAAAUCAUCCCGUCACGGCAAACCCUGGAGCCCAGAGUGCUGCUGCAGAGCUGGAGUCAGAUCAGCCAGUUGACUUCCUGGAGCUGUUCCUGACUGAUGAGCUGCUGCAACAUAUAGCCUUAACAUCUUUGCCGAAAGGUAUUUCAGUCGCCCACACCCUGGAGCAAGCAUGUGGUCUCAAUUGAAGAGCUGAAGACAUUUUUUGGACUGUGUUUCAUCACAGGAAUUGUGCAGAAACCAACACUUGCACUAUAGUGGUCUGUUCAUCAUUUGAUUUCCAUCCCCUUUUUUGGCCAGGCUAUGGCGAGGAACCGCUACCAAGCACUUUUGCGGGUCCUCCAUUUCAACCGAAAUACAUCAUAUAAUACCUCUGACAAAAUGUAAAGACUUCGGCAAGUGCUAGACUAUUUGGUGGACAAGUUCAAGACACUGUAUCAGCCAUAUGAAAAGAUUUGUGUCCAUGAGGGUAUGAUAAAGUGGCAGGGGCGCCUCUCAAUUGGGGUCUACAACCCACAGAAAACCAUUAAGUAUGGGAUUAAGUCGUACAUUUUGUGUGAAUCCAAAACAGGCUAUUGCUUCAACAGGCAACCUUAUUAUGGCGAAUCAUGUACCCUGUCCAAUAUUGUAGUCAUGCUCCUCAACCGCCUCACUUGACAUGGAUACACACUAUUCAUGGACAAUUUUUAUAACUCAGUUGACGUGAAAGUGUCUGCUUGAAGCUCAGACCAACAUUUGCAGGAUGCUGAGAAAUUGUGGACGUGUGUAAGAAAGGACACAAGGAAAGGGUGUGUCUGCUCAAACCGCAGUGUUUUGUGGAAAACAAUGCUCAUAUGAAUGGGGUAGAUAAACUGGAUCCAGAACAUUGCAUACUACCCCUUCAUACGAAGGUCACUAAACUGGCCCAAAAAGUUUGUAGCCUACCUUCUUCAAAUGUACAUCUUCAGCGCCUAUGUCCUCUUUAAAGCAAAAACACCCAGGUAAAGGUACAUCUCUCCUGGCGUCUAUGAUGAAGGCAACAGACUCCAGGACCUCGCAGCAUCAUGUGGAAGAGGAGGAAGAGUCAGAUUUGGAGGCGGCUGCAGGUGUGGAGAAACGCCCAUGAACUCGGGCACCUCAGAAGACUGACCCACCAAACUGGCUUGAUGGAAAACUGAACAAACAUAAACUCAAAUACUUGAAACCCACCACAAAAAAGUCAAGGCCACAAAGAAAAUGCCAGGUCUACCUGUGCCAAGGCAAGCGUAGUGAGACCACAGUGUGGUGUAGUUCAUGUUGUGUGCCCUUUCAUGAAGGCAGCUGUUAUAUUGCGUACCACACGAAAAAAAAAUUACUCAUUGGAGGGAAAUUUUAACGCACACAUGCACACACACAGUUCAGUUCCAAAUGUGUACAUUGUAAAUAGUUCAUGGUGUUAUAUUUGUAAAUAAACUGUUAUUUUGUCAAAAACUCUUUUUUUGUGUUAUGCUGUGGUAUA